GCUUCUGAUAGGCUGCCGCCGCCGCCGCCGCCAGGCAACGGUUUCCAUGGCGAACGGGACCGACUCGCAGGAGGCGGCGGCGGCCUUGUCAACUCGCGUCGCCUCAGCAAUGGCAUUUGCACCUCCCAGGAACCUGGAUGGCCCGAAGAUGCAAACCAAGAUGAGCACAUGGACACCCCUGAAUCACCAGUUGAUGAAUGACAAGGUAUUUGAAGAAAGAAGAAAUCUGUUGGGGAAAUGGUUUGACAAAUGGACAGACAACCAGAGGCGAAGAGUCCUGCUGGACUUCCUAGAGCGCUGCUCCCUCUUGCAGCUCAGGUUCUGCGUCAAGCAGCUGCAGGCUCGAGUUCCAGUGGAGGCCCUGGAUUUCACCACUAAGCUCCCCAGGGUUUUGUCCCUCUACAUCUUUUCUUUCCUGGACCCUCGUAGUCUCUCCCGAUGUGCUCAGGUGAGCUGGCACUGGAAGAACUUGGCAGAACUAGAUCAGCUCUGGAUGCCAAAAUGUCUGCGCUUUGGGUGGUAUCUCAAUUUCUCUCCAACCCCGUUUGAGCAAGGAAUCUGGAAGAGACACUACAUUGAGGUGGUGAAUGAGUUCUGGGUCACCAGCCCUAAGACCCCUCCAAAAGAGGACUUUGUGGUGGUCGAUGUUCAGCCUAUAACGAAAGAGGGUCUGGAGGUGAAACAGUCCCUGUCCCCGUCAGUCCUCCAGUCAGCAUCUCCUCUCGGAAAGAAGAUGAGCAAGGAGAAGCAAGAUCUCCCUCCCUGGCGUUCUUCAGAUAAGCAUCCUACAGACACCGUCAGAUUCAAUUACCUGGACAACUUUGAUCCCAUCGAGCAAGCGAGGCAGGCUAGGAAGAAAGGAGGAGGGCUCAUCCCAGACCUCAGCCAGUCGGCCUUCCAGAAGAAAAGGAAACCAAGCAGUGCAUCGUACAAACUCCGAAAAGCAAAGUCCCUGAUGUCCCUCUCUGCAGACCUCGGCUCACAGCCAAAAGCCCCCGCUCGCCCCAACUGGGCUACUUACCACCCUGCGGGCUAUCCUGCCACCAAAGCAAUGGCCAAGAUCCUUGCCCAGAGCGCCCAGUGGAACGCUGGGAUACGGCCGGCGCCGGCGCAGGGUCCAGUCCCACAGCUGAGCGAGAAGGGGAAGAAGGCCUUUGCACGGACAAGCAGAAGCUCACCAACAUCUCCACUCUUCGAAAGCCAGCCCUGGGAACUUCCCCCAUCAGACACGGGAUCUGAUGCAGAACAGGAGGAUGGAGAAAAGAGACUUUUCAAAGUAACACACUUGAAUUAAUCUCCCCAAGGGAAAGACAGGUGUCAUUGCAGGCUACGAUCGUCUUCCUAGAGCCCAGCUUUCUGAAAAGGGGCUCUUUGGACAGGGAUUAAGAAUCAUGUGGAUUUAUCAUGUCUUCAUUUCCAUGGUGGACUAACCAAUGACUAACCAAUGGACUGCUGGGACAACCUAGAUUUUUUUUUUUAAAAAAGAAAAUACUGUUCAGAUAGGAACUUUGCACGUGGCCUUAGACAAGGCCCUAUUUCUCAGCCUUAGUUUCCAAGCUGUAAAAUGGGAAUGGUGGUGGUCUACCUCAUCGAGUUGUGGAAUUGAUGGUCAGCAACAGUGCAGUGCUAUGCAUAUCUACUCAGAAGUAAGUCCCACUGAAUUCAAGGGGGACUUACUCCUUUGGUAAGCGUUUAUAGGAUUGCAGCAUCAGGCAGACUCGGUUUUCGUAAUGGUUACUGGCAACUCUGAGUUAUUACAUAAAGAGGAAAAGAACGCAAAGGAAGGAUUUAGUUCCAGUAGGUGGCUGAAACAUAAUCAACGGUAAGAAGAUGAUUAAACAAAAUGGUCUAUGCCAAAGUAGCAAAUGUGAUGCUCAUGCUUCUCCCUCUCCCUCCUUUCCAUAAACACCCUUUCUUGUUUCCCCCCAUUAUCAACAUUGAGACUGUAAGCGGUUUGGGGGCAGAGACUUUAUAAACCCUGUACACUGUGAUGACGUAUGGAUGGUCCUGGGUCUAUCAGUUUGGCAGCCAACUGGGUCCACCUUAAAAGAAAAAGAAGGGUAGUAGUUUC